UGUCCUGAUAAUGAGUUGUGAUAAGCUAUCGAUGUUGAGUGCUAUUGUUUGGAACAUUAGUAACACAGAUUGCAAUGCUGAGGACAGCGAUACUUACGGUUAUGUUUCAUGGACUGGCAAUGGGGUGUGUCAGGCAUCCCUCAGGUGUUUUCCUGUUCGGUGUGAUUGCCCUUUGCACAGGAGGAGGAUCGUCACAUAAUGGAGUUGAAUUCUUCCUUCACCGCGUGUCCUGUAUUCAUACAAAUAAUCCGACAAGUGUUGUUCUUGGAAAUAAUAGGAAAAGCUACGCUCUGUCAAUUUUUUUCAAGGCUAACUGGUUUAGAGCGUCCCAGUAUUGCCGCUACAGAGGGAUGCGCCUGGCUACGAUCAACAACCAGAUUGAGGAGGGCGAACUAGAAAGAAGUCUGGAAACGCUCGGUUUUGAACCGGGCCCUAUCUGGACGUCAGGGACGGCCAGUGGAGGAGAGGAUGAAUACUUUUGGAUGUCCACCGGGGCUCCUCUGACCUAUACUAACUGGGAGUCAGGAGAACCCAGCGGUAGUUUCGGCGAGAAAUGUAUCUCUAUGAGGGAACACGUGGGUGAAGGGUACAAAUGGAACGUUGAAGACUGUUCACUGAAUUACUACUUCGCUUGCGAGUACUUCAAGGCGAACUUCACCUGCAACUGCAAAGAUCUUAUCUACAUCUGAUACAGACUUGAAUUUAACAUCCACUUCCGUGUUGAAUUUCUCAGUUACGAACUAAAUAUACACUGCCUGAUAAAAUAGUUACAUUGUAUUUUCAUCAGUGGAUAUGACUAAACUAAUACAUAAAGUCUUUAAUCAGUA